UUUUUAUAAGAAAAGGAAAAAGAAAUGGGAUCUACUACCCGCGACGGCGAGACGAGGUCUUUAUAUAUAAAGAAGACGCAGUUCGUACCGACGGGAUUCGCAAUUCAUACAAUCACAGAGUGCGCCAAUGGAGCAGCAGCAGAAGAAAAAGAAGAAGCUUUAUAGCCAUAGCCAUAUCUCUACUUCCAAAACCAAACGAAAGAGACAACCCCAUUUCGAUUUUGAUGUCAAUACCACUUUCUCUCUUCUUCUCGCCGCCGUCUCUACUCCUCACAAUCCCUACUCUGUUUUCUUGCUUCCCAAAUGCUUAACCCACCUCCAUUCCGCUCUUCUUCCUCAGUCCCCUCACCCUCUUCAAACUCUUCCUUCUCCAAUCCUUUCCCUUCUUCCUCUUCUCAUUCUUUCCGAGCGCCAAGGGAUUGCUUCUUGUGCUGCUGAGAUCGUGGGUGCUGCUUCGCUUCUCUCCCUUCGUACGAAUGAGGUGAUUGCUUUGGAUGAUGGGGUUGUGAGGGCUUUGAUCUCUGUCUUGGGGUGUUCUAAGAGAAGGGUUGCGUUGGCUGCUUGUAAUGCUGUUCUGGAUUUGUCCACCACGUCGUUUGGGCGGCAACGCUUGGUGGAGUUCUCUGCCAUCCAGCGUCUUAUAUUUUCAUUUCUUCAGGUUUCAGCUUCUACAGGGAUGUCGGUUUCCAUAGGCACUGUAUAUGUCGAAAAUUCUGCAAUUUUGAAGGCAGGAUAUGAAGGAGAUGAGCUUUUAAUAUCAAUUCUGAAUGCAGCUAUAGUUCUGAUUAAUACUUGUCAUUUCAAACAUUUGGAAAAGAUACCAAGCUACCAUCUGAAAGCAUUCAUGGGUUUUUUGAAAAAUCUAUGGAUAGAAGUGCGUAUUAAAAUGAUACAAAUUAACGAAAUUGAGUGCUCGCAGGAGCAAUUUGAUAUGAGCAACAUUAGCACCAAUGAUUUGGCUGCGAGUAUUUUUAGGCUUUCCAUGAGUACCGAUCAAAUUAGCAGAGUUUUUCCUGUGGAGAAGGUUAAAAUUUUAUUGGGUUUAAGUGGGUCAAACUUUGAAGAAUUCAUGGCGAGUCACUGGGAAGCUUCACCAUGCCUCAUGCAGAAAUCCUCAAGAAUAAAUGAAGAAGCUGAUUUUAUCGGGUCAUUUGUUGGGUCCAUAACCUCAAUUGAGAAAAUUCAUUCCUUUAUUUCACCAAUGCUUGGAAGAUUAGUUUCUUGUAGUCCUAUUGCCUCAGAUGAGCUAGACAUACAUAAUUUCUUAGAGGAGGCAAGAACUGAAUUGGGAUUUCCUUUAAUUUAUCAGCAAGAUAUACGGGUCCUCAGAACAGAUCAGUGUUUGAAAAGAGAGAUACAUUUCUUUCAGAAGAAUUUUGAGCCAUGCUGCAUAAAGGGUCCUCAUUUCUUAAAGUUACAUGACGCUCUAAAAUGUGAAGAAGCUUUUAAAGAGGGUUAUACAAUUGCUCUGCGUGGCAUGGAAUUUCGGCAUGAGAAGAUUGCUGCUAUUUCAAAUACUUUAGCAUCUCUGUUUGGUCAACCAUCUGUAGGUGCUAAUAUGUACUUGACACCUCCAGGUUCUCAAGGUUUGACUCGUCAUUAUGAUGAUCAUUGUGUGUUUGUAUGCCAGCUUGCUGGAAGCAAGCAGUGGACAGUUUUUAGUCCACCAAGGAUUCGUUUACCUCGCUUGUAUGAUUUUCAUGAAUUCCCAAGUUGUUCGGAAGUUGAGAGUGCAUUGGCAGUUGGAAGACAAUUCUUCCUAAGAGAGGGUGAUGUAUUAUAUAUUCCUAGAGGAUUUCUUCACGAGGCUCGUACUGUAAGUGGUGGUCCUGAUGGGUCUUCCCUACACCUUACAUUUGGUAUUGAGGUUGAACCUCCUUUUGAGUGGGAAGGAUUUGUUCAUACUGCAGUCUAUUCUUGGAAUUGGAGUCAUAACCCAAAGCAAUGUGAUACUUUGUUUGGAACUAUGUCUGUACAACUACUGCACUUUGCAAUUUGGUUAAUUAGUGUCUCUGAUCAUAACUUUCGAAAGGCUUGCUUGGUAGCAGCAUGUUCUUUGCCCUCAGAAACUAAUGACAGGCUUGGCCUGAUCCAGAAGACUACUUUCAGUAGAUUGUUAGAUAAAAUCAGUAGUGAGUCAAAAUUCUCGGAAGUGCUUGCUGCUCUAAAAAUUUCAGUUGAGAAAGACGAAGACCCCUUUCAUCGCAUGAGAUGGCUCAGACUUCUCAACGUAGAUGGAAAAGAAAGCAUCAAAGAUGAUAAAUGGACCAUGCCUUCAAUUGGUAUUAGAGAUCUGUUAUCUACUUGUGUUAAUCAUAGAGAACAGAUAGGAACUACAUUUGUGGAGGUAAAAUCUAGAUUUUGUAGGGAAGUAAGAUUUAAGAAUGCUGUGGAGUGCUACCAAAAGUUGCUCAAGAGGUUUAGAAAGGUCAGAAGUCAAUAUACGAAUGGAAUGAUUUCGUUGCAUUGAACUACGAGUGAUUAAUGUCUCUGGUUCUCUCCCAACGACAUUUCCUAUUUCAAGCAAUUCAGGUUCAUGUUCACAGAAUCACAUAUAUUUUGGCAAGUUGCAAGCUCAAGGCGCUCAACCAUGACUUAUCUGCAAUGGUUCUCUGGGUAAGGAGCCUGUUGCUACUAGGUGUCGAUUUUGGGGGGAAGGUUACACCUUGUAUAUAAUUGUAGCAUGAAAAAAAUUAGCAUUUGAUAGAUUGUAAAACAAAAGUGAGUAUUUGAAGUGCAGUACAUGUAUGAAUAAUUCAUUUCAUCUUAGAAGUUGAUAUGUUUCCUAUGGCUAUGGAUGUUUUGGUGUUG